AGAUCCGAUGCAGUAGAGUUGAGCCUCGAUGCGACAGAUGCGAAGCUGUCGGUGCGCAAUGUACAUAUUUGCCGCGAAAAGCACGAUCCAGAAAUAGACGUGGCCUCCAUGACAAACAGAUCCUUCGGGAAAUACUCGGGCGUCUAGAACGUCUGGAAAAUCAUUGCAAGAUUGCUCAAGAUGCAGAGACCAUAGAUGUGUCUCGUUCAAUGUCCGUUUCCUCGGGCGACUCGGACAUGAAUGACUCAAGGUCGUCACUAGGCCCCGACCAGAUGGACGAAGGCCAGUCGCUUAUCCCUGGUGCAAAAGACGUCGUGCAGAGCAUAUUGAAUGGUAUAAAGGAUGACAAAGACAAGUUGCUGCUUACGUCCAACGUUUUCUGUCUCCUACAACAUGUCCACUCCCAGGUUUUCCAAAACGAAGCUUGCAUCAACGCGAUAGAGGCUGCAAUGUCGGAGAUCUCACGCCUAGAGCACAAACAAGAAAAAGGCGUGUCGGUUCCCCCACAAAUUCCAAAGGAACAAGCAAAAAAAUGGGUAAAUUUGUACUAUGAGUCGUAUCAAUUUGAGGGUUUUCGGAUUCCUUUGGAGAAGAGCUUUCUCUUAAGCUUCCCUGACUUACUGGAGAUACGCCACGUCAGCUUGGAUGCUACGUCAACACUCAUUUAUUACAGUGUGCUUCUUCAAGGGAUUUUGAUGGAUCCAGAUAACGCUGUGCAAAGGGGCGGCAUCGUACAAUCGAUUUACCGGACAAGCAUUGAAUUGGUGGACGGCUGGUUGGAUCAGAUAAGGAAUACCGCAGAGGACCUGUUUGCCGCUUUUCUGAUGAUAUCGGUGACGCUGGAAGGCUGCAAUAGUGAGCUCUCGUGGAAGAUCUUUGGUCACGCCUGCAGCAUUGCUAGGGCUCUUGGAUAUUUCUCCCUUGACGGGGUCCCUAAAGGGCCUGACGGUCAUAUCUGUCCACCGCAGGAGUCCUCCCAACAUAGGAAUGAGGUAGAGCGAAAUCGAAUGCGAUUCGAAUUUUGGCACCUGCUUCGGACCGACUGCCUUUUUCAAAUUUCAUUUGGUAAACCGGCGCUGCUCCCUGAAGGGUCAUGGGUCGUCAAUCUUCCUGACCCCUCGAUCACUGGCGUUGAUGAUGCGUCGACGCACUUUAUUCAAAUACAUUUCCUGGCAUCGAUGCGUCUGACAUUAGUUGUCCUGAAAUACUUGGACUGGGUGAAAGCUGAGUCCGACCAGAAUGCAGCUACAUACGAUAGUUGGCUGGACGAUCUCAUCACCGAAGUGGAGGCAAUCUUGGCUGACUGGAACGUUGAGGAGCUCAUGAGCAACUCCAAAAAUCUUAUCGACACCUGGUUCUGUGCAGACAUUCUGUUCGCAAGCUACAGGGUCAUUAUCAUGCUCUCACAGGCCAAGAAAUGCAACCGGGACAGUUACCACUUUCCACGGCACACGGUGGAUCUCUCCAGGAAGUCUUUGAAAGUUUUUCAAUCUCUCACGGAUUCUUCGACGGUGCGGUCUUUCUGGGGUAUCAGUGUUCUGUUACUCCACCAAUUCACAUUUUUCUUCGUUUUAUGUAUGGACAUAAUUGAUUGCCAAGAUCCGGAAAAUAACGCAGAAGGCCUUGCCUUAGUGUCAUGGGUCAACAACUUCGCUAUAAAGGCAGCGGAGAAUCGACCGGAGCUGGGACCGAUUACCCUUGUGACAAGAUCAAUGACUGGUGCUUGUGAACGAGUGCAUCUGGGCCGCUAA